AUGAUUUAGGAAGAACUAUCUUGUAAUAUGGACGAACAAAAAUUUCUACGCUAGGUGGUCUCAUUCAUAUUGAAAAGUUGAAGUGUUGGAAAAAAAUACAGUUGUACGUUCAUGUGUAAUUCUUUAUACUACUGCAGGCCAGGUAUACAUGUGCUGUAUAUGUGCGAAAUAUUAUAUAAUGAACAAAGAGCACAGCAGCCGACUGGAUACAUAUGUGCGACAUAUUAUAUAAUGAACAAAUAGCACAAUAGUAGACUGGAUACAUAUGUGCGAAAUAUUUUGUAAUGAACGAAUAGCACAAUAGCUGACUGGAUACAUAUGUGCGAAAUAUAUUAUAUAAUGAUUGAAUAGCUCGAUAUCUGAUCGGAUACAUAUGUGUAAAACAUUUUAUAAUGAUCGAAUAGCUCAAUAGCUGACCGGAUAUUAAAUCGGAUUUAUCAAUAAAUAUACCGACAAAGACAACGAUUAAAGACCAAAUAUGUGAAAUUUGAACAUAAAACAAAGGAUCUACUUUAUAACUAUUUUAAAUAUUACAUAAAUGUGAAUCGAUAACAUGUUUACAUUUAGUCACUAAGUGUAGAAUAACGGGGGUUAAAAAAAUUAAGAUAGACAUGGAACCGACAGAAAAUCUACAAAAAAAUGUGAGAACAACAAUUAAUCGACAAAUGCUUACUGCUCCCGAGGGACCAAAACUUUCGCGAAUAAGAUUACCUAAAAUAAACCGUCAGGCCCGUACAGCUCCAGUGAUAAAACAAGGACACAAUGAAUUCUGGGUAUCUCGUAACUCACCCAAAUCCGACACCAAACCUAAUACUGACAGGACUUCUUACAGUGACAAAUAUUUACCGCCUAUAUCAGGGUACUACAAGAAUAAUUACAUACCUCCUACGUUAAAGCUUUGUAAUAAGUGUCAACAUUUUUGGAGAUAUUUUCGUACUCAGGAACUUACUUUAAUGGCAGCAGUUUCCGGUGAAAACGUAGAUCUAUAUGACGUCAGAAAAACACAGCGUCGGUUGAAAGUUUUGAUAAACGUCAAUGAUGUUGAUUCUCCCCAACGGUACCCCAUACGCAGGAAGCCACUCCCACAAAAUGUCUGCUACAUUUGUAGUCAUUUAGAUCUCGAUGGGAAAUAUCAACAUCCUCAUGCUUAUCUCUUUCGUAAAGGAUUCUUCCACAAAUGUAAUCACCAUCCUAAAACCCCGUAUCCGACCUUAAUCGAAAGUAGAGAUGGCGACCAUCCGGAAGAUGUCUUUAAUUUUAAUAAACAAUUAUCGGACGAAGAAUUAAAGUUGAGCGUCAGCGUCCGUGUUAAAUCCCGAAGAGAAGGGAAACAGUUUUCACCGGUCCCAAUUUACGGACAAACUCAUUUUGAUACUUCCGUUCUAAACGGUGUGCAAUUGGAAAGUCACGUUGGGGAAUCAGCAAAAUUUCAGUUGCCUUCAAUAUUUGCCGAUGAAGGUAAAAUUUCCGGUCAAGCUAGUCUACGCAGCAGUCGGAAUAGCAGAAUAUCCGACCAAAAAAGCCAUUACAGCAGUCGACAGUCGAAUCCAAACGAAAAUUGGCGAAAUAACAGUCGAAAUGCGGGUUCGUCUCAAAACUGGAAAAAUAGCGGUAAAAAUAGCUCAAAACGAUCUAAUGAAGCGUACAAGAUAAACCCAACUAUUAGCGAUCGUUCAUGGUUGGAAGCUGAUGGCUACUUGCGCAAUGAACCAGAAGACGAAACCUUUGAUAGUGAAAAUGACGACGAGGAAGACAAAGAAAAUAUUGAUUCGGAAAUUAGACCAAAAAGUUUUAGUGGUCAUGAAGAGGAAAAAACACAAGAAUCUCAUAGGCCGUAUUCAGAAAGCGUUGUCUCUCCAGCAUCUUCUCGUAUUUCUAGACCAAAAGGUGCGAAAAGAUCUUCUGAUUCCGGAAAUGAAGACGAGGGACACCUUAAAUACCACCAUCGGUCCGAUAAUGAAUCCUUGCCCCAUGAUGGCUUUUCUAUUGCAUCACGGGAAAAUUCAGUGCAAACACCAGCUCGUUCGCGUAUUAAUUCUAAAUUAUCGGAUCAAGAGUUGGCCCUUAUAGGAUCGCAAAUUUCUCGAAAGAAUUCCGAAGACUCUAGAGCCUUAUCCCAAUCGUCUUCGUCAUUUAUCCUACAGAAAUUAGCAGCAAGCAGCAUGGCCAAUUACUGGUGCAACUGUCAGGAUAUUGAUUAUACUAAAGUCAAAUGUGAAGAAUGUCUGAAAAUUGGAGAUCACGAAAAAUGGUGCGUUCACGCUAGGUCUUCUUCUCAUCAGGGUAACUGUCCACACUGUGGAAAGCCGAUAAUGAAAACCAGCAAACGAACAUCUAAUAUGAGCUUCCGGGGUGGUACAAACUCUAAGCAGUCACACCACAGCGAAGAAAAAAGGGUCAAAUUUGAGGAUGACGACCGUUCGCGAGAAAUUCUAGUUAACCAAUCAAAAUUUUUUGACGAAAAAUUAGACGAUGGUGAACAUGACGAAGUUCGCAAGGUUCAGGAUCACGACCUUUGGACAUCAACAGAAAAUAUGUACGAAAACGGUAUAGAUCCGAACAUUCACAAGAAAGCUUACUUGAAAGCUCUUGUUGAACUCCGAAUGUCACGUCUAAGUAAAAUUAAUGAAUUAGACGAAUCGUGGAUCUUAGAUCGCAUAUCAAAACCAACUUUUUCUUAUUUCAAAUUACGCCCCGGACAGGAAAAGGCAAAUUCUACAAAUCCCGAGGGACAGAAAAACAUUGGCCUUACACCAGAUCAUUCGCAUUUACCGUCAAUGAAAAAUUCAAUGAAACAUAUUUUUGGAAAGAAUAUAAAAGUGGAUGAAUUUUAUCCCGGUGGUAAAAAGAAUCCUCUCAUAAAAUUUACUGUCAAACGAGAGAAAAAACAACAAACUAUGCCUAUACAUAGUGUUGACAAAUCUGUGUAAACACCAGUAAAUAUAUGUGUGAACAUCAGCAAAACUUGUGUAAACAUCAGUAAACAUAUGUGUGAACAUCAGCAAAACUUGUGUAAACAUCAACAUAUCUGAGAAAACAUCAGCAACACCUGUGUAGAUAUCAGCAAAAUAAAGUCGCCACUGAGACAUAUAUAUAUACAUCUUUCUCAUAGUUGUUUUAUUCAAUAAGAGUCUUUACAGUGGAUUAAAUCUUAUAAUUUUC